AUGGCUGCUUGGGUCGAGAGCGCGAAACGUAGGGCGCAAGCCUUCGCUGGCCAUGAUGCUCUUGAUUGGCUCGACAAAGCGUACAUCCUUGACUGGGCAGUGGCUAUUGUGCUACACUUGAUUGCGAAAUGGGUAGACUUCAUGCCUGUCUUCCAACGCGUAUGGUCGCUCGACGACCCGCUUAUCUCAUUCCCCCACGCGAACCCAGAGCGUAUAUCCGGGCCUCUUAACGAUCACAUAUCAAUCUGGGUAUCAAUCGGAGCCUUCGUGAUAUUCGGCGCCGUCCGUCGCUCACUCUUCGAGAUUCACCAAGGCGUACUGACCGCAUAUGCCGCGCGUGCGCUCAAUGACGCCGUGACAGACUUGAUGAAGAAUCGUGUUGGUCGCUUGCGUCCCGAUUUCCUCGCCCGCUGCGCGUGGGAUCUUCUCAAGCAAGAAUGCACGGGCGAUCCCAAGGUCGUGAAGGAUGGGCACCGAUCCUUCCCGUCUGGCCAUAGCUCUACCGCAUUCGUCGGCAUGACGCUGGUCGCUUUAUUGCUUGCUGGAAAGACGGGUUCCGUCUGUGGCUCAGCUCCUACGCGUAUCGGCAGCCGCUACUCGCGACUGGUGCUGACAUUGCUGCCCUUUGUAUGGUCGACAUACGUCGCAAUUUCCCGCGUAGAGGACUAUCGUCACCACAAGGAGGAUGUCCUUGCAGGCAGCACGAUCGGCAUUCUCUGCGCCAUUGCUGUAUACCACAUCUUCUGGCCAAGCCCCUUCUCGCCUCGCUCAUUCGCACCAGACACGUUCGGCGUACCCCGUCGUGCCUCGCAGAACGAGUAUCACGAGCACUACGAGGUCGCAAACCACGACCUUGACGCCGUAUAG